GAAAAAUAUAAAUAGAAAGUAAAGCUAUAUUGAUGAAAUAAUGUUUCAAAAAUAGAAAUUGCAUGGUUUUGUGAAACCACCAAAAUGGCAAAAAAAUUAGAAAGAUCUCGUGUGAAUAAACGACCCAAACCCAGUGUCCAACCUGGCAAAUAAAUUGACCUUUUCCCCAAAUGCAGCUUCCUCUCAUGCUUCCAAAAUCUAUACAAUUCCACACACCUAUAAAACCCCCUAACUAAGACUUCCAACUUAGAAACCAUCGUCUCACCAUUUCUCAAUCAAAUCAAAACACACAAUCUACACUCAACAUGGCUUCCAAAAUCAUACCUAUUUUGGUGAUCACUUUCUUUGCCGCGGCGGCGUCUGCUAACUUGUACCAAGACAUCGACAUAACGUGGGGCGACGGCCGCGCCAAGAUCCUCAACAACGGCGAGCUCCUCACCCUCUCCCUCGACAAGGCUUCAGGCUCGGGAUUCCAGUCCAGGAACGAGUACCUCUUCGGAAAGAUCGAUAUGCAGCUCAAACUCGUCCCCGGUAACUCAGCCGGCACUGUCACUGCAUACUAUCUAUCUUCGCAAGGGCCGACCCACGAUGAGAUAGAUUUCGAGUUCUUGGGGAACCUUAGUGGUGACCCUUACAUUCUACAUACUAAUGUGUUCAGCCAAGGGAAGGGCGGCCGGGAGCAGCAGUUCCACCUUUGGUUCGACCCGACCGCAGACUUCCACACCUACUCGAUCCUAUGGAACCCUCAGAGAAUCAUAUUUUCAGUCGACGGCACUCCCAUCAGAGAAUUCAAGAACUCGGAGUCAGUAGGAGUUGCGUACCCGAAAAACCAGGCGAUGAGGAUUUACUCAAGCCUCUGGAACGCGGAUGACUGGGCGACGAGAGGCGGCCUUGUCAAGACGGACUGGAGCCACGCUCCAUUCACCGCCUCGUACAGGAACUUCAACGCCAACGCCUGUAUUUGGUCGUCCGGCUCGUCUUCUUGCAGCAAUAAUCCACCUGCAAACAACAGUAAUGCGUGGCUGAACGAAGAACUAGACGCCACAAACCAGGAAAGACUGAAGUGGGUGCAGAAGAAUUACAUGAUAUACAACUACUGCUCCGACUCAAAGCGCUUCCCACAAGGCUUCCCUGCAGAUUGCACCAUCAACACCACAGCAUGAAGAAGAUGAAAGACACAGAAGUGAUGCAAACUACUACUUUACUGCAUAUAAUGAAUAGAUAUAUACAAUUCUUUGAAUCUUUUUCCAACUUGUAUCGUGUGUAUUCCUGAACAGUAUGUAUGCUUAAAUUAUCAGAUAAUGAAGAAAAACAUGAACAAAAAAAUGGUUCAGGACAUUUGUUCAACUAGAAGCAAGCAGCCUCGGACACGGUUUCAUUGCGCAAUACAUGUACCUUCUCAGUCACUUGUACGACGAGCUAUGAUCUUCAGUGUCUCAAAUGCAAAUUCAUAGCAUAAGAAUGGAAGCUUACCAAA